AUGGCCGCGCCGAUACUACGAUACCUCUGGCCGUCGCUGGCCCGUCGACCGGCCACCCAGAUCCCGACGACCAUUCCCAAGAUACCCCAAUACCUACCCGCGCGUUCCUUCUCGACGACGCCGGCGCCGAACGCAACGCUGAACCAAGUGCUCCGAGGCUGCCGCAAGCCCCAGCGCGCCCGCCACGCCGUGUCCCCCGCGCUCUCAGACACGCUGUGCCCGCAACAAAAAGGCGUCUGCCUCAAGGUCGGCAUCACGCGGCCCAAGAAACCCAACUCGGGCGAGCGCAAGACGGCGCGUGUGCGCCUGUCGAGCGGCCGCAUGAUCACCGCCUACAUUCCCGGCGAGGGCCACAACAUCCAGCAGCACUCGGUCGUGCUCGUGCGCGGGGGCCGCUCGCAGGACUGUCCCGGCGUGCGGUAUCAUCUCGUGAGGGGCGCUUUGGACCUGGGCGGUGUUUCUAGCCGCAUGUCGAGUAGGAGCAAGUAUGGAACGAAGAAGCCGAAGAAGGCAUCAGUCGGCGCAUAG